AUGGUCUAUUCAAAGUCGUUAGUAAUUGCUGCACUCAUUUCGAUUAUUUCACCAUGGGUUUGGAUAGGGUUUCAGAAUGCCCGCCACUUUGAAAUCAAACCAGUUAAAUCAAUCCCGGUAUCAAUCAGCUUUGAAAAAGACUCAGAAUACUUUAAUUUUCCAGAUUUGGUCACCGCAACACAAAUACAAAUUGAUAAUGAACUACGAUAUAUUACAAACAGUUCAGUGAGUGUGCAACUUGUUGAUAAUUUGAAUGGCUUUAAGAACCACACAAAGUACUCUAUCGAGUUGGUUUUAGCACGAGACAACUCUCUUGGCAUAUCUUCUGACGGAUUAAAAGGGUAUGUGCUAUAUUCAUACGAGGCAAUACACUCCAACGACCUUCCUUAUUUGAUUGUCCAAACUAUAUUGUACCAUUUGUUAAAGUUUGAAAUCCAGCUAGACGAAACAGCUGUAUAA